ACACACAUACAGGGAGAGAGAGAGAGGCAGAGCGAGCACAGACGGACUGCAGAGGAAAAAGAGGGAGGGGAGUGAGUGUUUUUUGGGCUGUGUGCGCUGGCAGGGUGUGUGUUCGGUGUGUGUUCAGUGUGUGUUCGCUGUGUUGGCAGUGUGUGUGUGAGCUAACAGUGUGUGAUGUGUGAGGAUCCCGUCCAGGCCGACAGAAGCAUGGUGAGCAGCGACAGCCAUCAGAGCCAGGAGCUGCUGGUGCCCCCCCAGCCCCAGCCGGCCGGCCCGGGGCCCGAGGAGGUCCCGCAGCCGGCCUCCCCCUCCUCCCCCACCGCCGCCCCGGGCAGCUUCGACCUCGAGAAGAUGAGCAAGGGCCCCGUGAACGCCAUCACGGUGCUGACGCUGCUGGACAAGCUGGUGAACAUGCUGGACACGGUGCAGGACAACCAGCACAAGAUGGAGGUGCGGCAGGUGGAGAUGGAGGGCGUGGUCAGGGGGAUCCAGGCGGACAUGACGAAGCUGUCCAAGAGCCACAGCCACACGGCGAACACCGUCAGCAAACUGCUGGACAAGAGCCGCAAGGUGUCUGUCACCAUGAAGGAGGUGCGGGACAAGAUGGAGCGGCAGGGCGUCCAGGUGAGGAAGUUGGAGGCGAAUCACAACCACCUGCUGAACCGGAACAACUUCAAAGUGCUCAUCUUCCAGGAGGAGAAUGAGAUUCCCUCCAGUGUGUUCGUGAAGGAUCCUCCUCCGUUCCCUCGUGACGAGCUGCAGGAAGGAGGCGAGGAGUCGGCUCCCGGCGUCGUCGACGGCGACCGCUCCCAGGAGGGGGGGCUCCACACCAUUGACCUAUCAUCUGACGAGGACGUGGGCCUGGAGGCGGAGCUAGAGGACGAGGAGGUGGGGCUCCACGACCUGGAGAACAUGGAGAAGUCCAGAGCCGAGAAGCUCAAGCGCUCCAGCCUGAAGAAGGUGGACAGCCUGAAGAAAGCGUUCUCCAGACAGAACAUCGAGAAGAAGAUGACCAAGAUCGGAACCAAGAUCGUUUCUGCAGAGCAGAGAGAGAAGAUCAAGCAGAAGACCUCCAGCCUCAAGGUGUCACCUCUGACCUUCAGCAUCAGGAAGCCCCGCAGCAGCUCGGCCUCACAGCUCAGCCCGGAGGCUCCCUCAGGGGACUCUCCUGCAGCUGAAGCCCACAUCCAGCUCUCCCCGCUGGGCAGCGGCGAGCACGAGCUGUCCUUCCCCGAGGUGCACGCCCAGCUGGCCCCCGCCGAGCCACGGGAGGGGGAGGAGCACGGGGAGAGGGAGGAGCAGGAGGAGGUGCAGCAGGAGGAGGUGCAGUUUGAGGAGGUGCAGCAUGAGGAGGUGCAGUUUGAGGAGGUGCAGCAGAGGGAGAAGGAGGAGGAGAAGGAGAAGGAGAAGGAGGAGGAGGAGGAGGUGGUGGCGGGCGGAGAGGUGGAUCUGUCGGCUCUGUCUGAGGGAAUCAGCGAGUCGUUCGCUCUGUCGGCCACACUGCCUCACCAGGAGAGAGAGGAGAGAGAGGAAGAGCUGUCCUAAACACACACACACACACACACACACACACACACACAGCAGGGCUCAGCUGAUAUGGGACCAUAUUCACAUGUGAACCUCCAAAGUGCUCAGAGUUUUAUUCUCAUCAGGCUGGAGAGUCUGAUGAGCCUGAUCAAUACAUCAGCCUGAUCAAUACAUCAGCCUGAUCAAUACAUCAGCCUGAUCAGUACAUCAGCCUGAUCAAUACAUCAGCCUGAUCAGUACAUCAGCCUGAUCAAUACAUCAGCCUGAUCAGUACAUCAGCCUGAUCAAUACAUCAGCCUGAUCAAUACAUCAGCCUGAUCAGUACAUCAGCCUGAUCAAUACAUCAGCCUGAUCAAUACAUCAGCCUGAUCAGUACAUCAGCCUGAUCAAUACAUCAGCCUGAUCAGUACAUCAGCCUGAUCAAUACAUCAGCCUGAUCAAUACAGCCUGAUCAGUACAUCAGCCUGAUCAAUACAUCAGCCUGAUCAGUACAUCAGCCUGAUCAAUACAUCAGCCUGAUCAAUACAUCAGCCUGAUCAGUACAUCAGCCUGAUCAAUACAUCAGCCUGAUCAGUACAUCAGCCUGAUCAAUACAUCAGCCUGAUCAGUACAUCAGCCUGAUCAAUACAUCAGCUGAACCCAGCUGCAUACACACUUAUAGCCUUAAAGCCUUAAAGCAUUUUAUUAUUUUAUUAUGAGCCUUCACCUGCCCAGCACCCCCCCCCCCCCCCCCCCCCCCCCCCCCACACACACACACACACACACACACACACACACACACACACUGCUGUGUCUUCUUGUAAUAACAGAUGUAUAAAAUCUAGAGGAAAUGUUACUUUACUGCAGUGAUACUACAACUCCCAGCAUGCACUGCGGCUACACACACAUCGUAACCUCCAGGCUUUGUCACAGCCCUGUGUCUGUGUGUGUGUGUCUGUGUGUGUGUGUGUGUGUGUGUGUGUGUGUGUGAGAGAGAGAGUGUGUGUGUGUGUAUGCUAAUCAGAUGAUAUGAUGCUAACCUGCUAACUAGCCUGCUGCUAACCUGAUCUAAAGAUUUUAGCUUUUAGCUUGUUGCUAACCUGCUGAGUUUUUAUCCACAGAGAGCUGUCAGCAAGCUGCAGCCGCACUGCAGAGUACACACUGAGCAGUACGCACUGCAGAGUACACACUGAGCAGUACACACUGCAGAGUACACACUGAGCAGUACACACUGCAGAGUACACACUGAGCAGUACGCACUGAGCAGUACACACUGAGCAGUACACACUGCAGAGUACACACUGAGCAGUACACACUGCAGAGUACACACUGAGCAGUACGCACUGCAGAGUACACACUGAGCAGUACGCACUGCAGAGUACACACUGAGCAGUACACACUGCAGAGUACACACUGAGCAGUACGCACUGAGCAGUACACACUGCAGAGUACACACUGAGCAGUACACACUGCAGAGUACACACUGAGCAGUACGCACUGCAGAGUACACACUGAGCAGUACGCACUGCAGAGUACACACUGAGCAGUACACACUGCAGAGUACACACUGAGCAGUACGCACUGAGCAGUACACACUGAGCAGUACGCACUGAGCAGUACACACUGCAGAGUACACACUGAGCAGUACACACUGCAGAGUGCACACUGAGCAGUACACACUGCAGAGUACACACUGAGCAGUACACACUGCAGAGUACACACUGAGCAGUACACACUGCAGAGUACACACUGAGCAGUACACACUGCAGAGUGCACACUGAGCAGUACACACUGCAGAGUGCACACUGAGCAGUACACACUGCAGAGUGCACACUGAGCAGUACGCACUGAGCAGUACGCACUGAGCAGUACACAGUGUGUACUCUCAUGUAGCUCCUGUCUGGUCAGUGUGAACUCUGUCCUGAAUUCAGAUCACAGUCAUCAGCCAAUCACAGGUGUCCGUUUACUGGACAGCUGUGGUUGCCAUGGUUACAGAGUCCCGGUGUUGCACGGUCACCUGCGUCACGUCCACAGAAUACAGAAACAUUAAAUCAUCCUAAAAUAAUCCCAUCAGGCCGUCUCGUUUCAGUGUUUCUGUUUGAAUGUGAGCGACCAACCAGGAGGCGGCUGUUAGCCAUGUGAUCAUAUGAUCAUGUGACCAUGUCACCAUGUGACAUGUGACCCUGGACAUGACGCGUGUGCGGCUGCGUGCGACACUCUGACCCGCUUGCUCUCUGAUUCUCUGCCUUUUUAUUUUAAAUGUAACAAAUCAAACUUUUCUGCUUCUGGUGCCAAAGAGGAUUUUGUUUCCAAGCCAUUUCUCCAGGCGCAGGCGGACUGACGGGUCCCGCUGGGAGCUCAGAGCGGCUGGACUGGGAUGAGGGUGAGAGUGGGAGGUGAUGGUGGUUGAACUGGGAGAGCUGUCAUGUCAUGUUGAUGGAAGCGCCUGUCGACUCAGCAGAACUGAACCAAUAAAGAUGAGAUGAACAGCAGCCGAGUGUCUGAGUGCUGACAUGUGAACGCAUCACGCCCAUGUUGUUUUCUGUUCAAAACUCUUCCUCCGCCACACAAAAUAGUCCCUGGGGA